AUGUUCCCACCGUCCGCCGUUACCAUCAUCAUGACCUUCUCAGCCCAGCCUGUUAUCAGGCCUCAUCGAGUUGGUGCCUUGCUUAUCAUCCUUGCUGGGAUUGCAGUGGCCCAGACCACAACCUCAUCCAGUCCUACUACUAGCGCAUUCAGUUCAAUGGGCUCUCCCAGCACCACCGCCGCCACCACCACCGCCGCCACCACCACUACAACGACAACGACCACGACAACGACAACGACCACGACCACGACGACUACGACGACGACCCCCUGCCCACCCUGUGCUACCCAUGCAACCUGUGUCGUUGACCAAUGUGAAUGCAACACUGGUUAUCUUGGCGAUGGCGAGUCAUCUUGCGUCGAGGCUGAUAGUUGUGCCGGGUUUCCUUGUGAUGCCAACGCUGACUGCAGCGAUCUGCCCGCCCCAGCCGUUUACGGGGCGGAAGGGCGCACCUGCACCUGCCGCGUGGGCUACACCGGUGAUGGCGAAACGUGCACCGAUGCCGAUGCCUGUGCCGCUAUGCCCUGUGACACAAAUGCUGAUUGUGUUGAUCUCGCCGCACCGGCGCCCAACAACGCGAGUGGACGUACUUGUACGUGCACGGCAGGCUACGAGGGAGAUGGCGAGACAUGUACGGAUAGCAAUGCUUGUGAUUUUGCUUGUGCUGCCCACGCCACGUGCACUGAUCUUGCAGCCCCGGCACCUUACAACACAAGUGGUCGUACUUGCGAAUGCAACACCGGUUAUCUUGGCGAUGGCGAGUCAUCUUGCGUCGAGGCUGAUAGUUGUGCCGGGUUUCCUUGUGAUGCCAACGCUGACUGCAGCGAUCUGCCCGCCCCAGCCGUUUACGGGGCGGAAGGGCGCACCUGCACCUGCCGCGUGGGCUACACCGGUGAUGGCGAAUCGUGUACCGAUGCCGAUGCCUGUGCCACUGCGCCCUGUGACACAAAUGCUGAUUGUGUUGAUCUCGCCGCACCGGCGCCCAACAACGCGAGUGGACGUACUUGUACGUGCACGGCAGGCUACGAGGGAGAUGGCGAGACAUGCACGGACAUCAAUGCGUGUGCUGCUUGGCCGUGCAGUGACCCCUUUGCUACCUGCCAUGACUUGGCGGCACCUGCUCCAAACACUACCGCGGGUCGAACUUGCCCUUGUAACCCGGGGUACAUCCUGGACGAAGGAGUCUGCGUGGACUUUGAUGCAUGUGCUGCCCACCCUUGCCCUCAAAACAACGUGAUAUGUACCGACUUGGCGCCCCCCUCUGAGGGAUCCGGCGGUCGCACCUGUGUUUGCCAAGCCGGCUACGGAUUUGACAACACCGCCAGUGAUUGCUUGGAGCUAAAUGCAUGUGUGCCACAUCCAUGUGCCGACGGGCAAGGCUGUCUUAACCUUCCACCGCCCGCCUCCAAUGAAGCUGAGGGACGCCGCUGUGUUGAUCCGCCGACGCUGGAGGCAUCCCGCAUCGUGGCAAUCGGUGAAACACAAACCGUUGAAAUCGUCGUCGAUCUUCUCGACGUGGCAACCAACACCUCCAUUGCUUGGACCCCAGCGCCUGCUGGUACAGAAGCCAGCCUGCAUCUUGUCUCUACUGGCCUCGGUGCCUGCUACAGUAUGGUGGAUGUGACAAGCACAUCCAUGACACUUGCUCCGUUGGCAAAUUGGACGACAUCAUGCGCCAAUGAAAAUCUCUUGCUUCGCCUCGAGUUUGUGGUGCUACCGACCUCCACGCUAAUCAGCGGCGAUGUCAUUUCAUGGACCAUCACAUCCGUUCACCGUCUCACGUUUGAGGCUACCACCUCAUCCACUAUCACCUUCACGGUGGCUGAACCGGCCCUCACGCUCGAUGAGCAAAGCGCGCCCGCAGCGCUCGACGCUGGUGACGUGCUGGACAUCGUCUUCGUUGCUACCAACACUGACGCAUAUGCCACGGGACACGAUUUCAACUGCGCCGUCGACAUGGCGUCCGGUUCAAUCCUUCACGUCACUGUGCACAACGAGGGCACCUUGCUAGCCAAUCUCACUUCUGAAGCAGCAUUCGAAGCUUGGCGCUCUUCAUUGACUCCCUCGCAAAGCCUGACGCUCACUGUUACUUUCUUGGUUGCCGAAAACAUCACGCUUGGUAGCACCAUCGCCCUGCCUUCCAUGUCAUGUGCCCUGAUGAGCAACGGGUCAGCACCGCGCAGCUAUACAGCUGCCCCAGCGCCCUCUCUUGUUGUGCUUCCCGUGCCCCACAUUACUUGGUCGUCCACGAACACACCGGUGGUCGAGAGAAGCCCUAUCAUUUUGCCGUUUGUGCUCAACAUGAGCGAGGGGGCAGUGCGUCUACGACUUUACCUGCAAAAGCCCGACACCGACGCCAGUGGGGUGGCUUUUGAGAAUAUCACUUGGUCUUUGGUGGGGGAUGGCACGCACACCAUUGGCUCAGAACUUCGUCAGCUCAGCAGCGCGACAUACUACGUCUUUGACCUUGACCUCACUGUCUCGGGUACUCGUGCGCGUGGAGCCCUCUUGACGGGGUCUUUCUCUGCGUUUGUUGCCGUGACCGCUGUGGCUCAGCUGGGCACCUCGUUCUCGCUCGCUACUGACCUACUGCAGCAGCAGCCAGAUGAAAAUUUUGCACAAAUUCAGGUUCUUCCCGAGCACACCAUCACGCUGACGCGCCCGGUCGUGGAGGCUGCCUUCCGGUUGAGCUUUAGUGAUGACGAACCCAUCAUGGCGUAUGAUGAUUUCAACCUCUUUGUGGGCCUUGCGCACUUGCCCAACUCAACGAGUGGCACAGGGCCCGUGGGCGUUUAUUUGCACCUUCCAAUGGCUGUGGCGACGGGUAUCGACUGGGACUCACGCUUUUGCAGCGCCAGUGCAUCCGUCUGCAAUUCUCUUUUCUUUUCCUACAUCACUCUGCCCGAUGGGACGGCCAACGUCACCUUUGCACUUGAAGGAUUGGCGUUGGGUGAGCAACUGACACUCGAGGUUUCUGGCUCUGUGGCCGGUUCCCUGGCCCCAGAGACACCAAUGUUCUACGCACCGGAGGCCUGGUUGGCUGGGCCUGGAUCGCUCACUCCGGGAAUCUUUCCAGUUCUUGUGCCGACGGAUUACGAGGAAAUUUCCACAUAUUUUCACUUUGAGUUCCCGGCGCUGCUAGAACCAGGUGACGUUGCCUUGAUUCCGGCUCGACUAUAUCCCGGUGAAGUUGUGAGCACUCUGAGCGCCAAUAUUCGCUUCCGCGCUGAGUGCGAGGAAAGUGGGGCCGAGGAUGUCAGCCUUGUCAUUCGCGUGAUUUUCACUGAUCCCGCCUCCGGGCAGAGUACAACGCUGCAAGAGACUUUUCAGGUUGCCGCCUAUGCCUACACCACGCAGACCCUGAGCAUGACAGGCAGCUUUUUUUCCGGUGGAGCAACGGGAUUGAAUGGUCUGCAAGUUUACACUGAAGCAGUGAGCCUGUGCGCAGAUACUGCGUUGCUUUUUGAGAUCUCGCAAUUCAAUCUGGCCGUCCACUCCCGUCUGCCAUCCGCCUUCGCUACGUACAGCCCCGACCUAUCCGCGACGGGCGUAACAUAUGGCUCGAGCGCUGGACCUCUCAACUAUGUCUAUGUUGUCAGCGGCGACGUCACCCAAACUGACACAGCGGGAGCUUUUGACGUGGCACUCCACGAAGAAGUGACAUUCAAGGUGCGCAUCGCCGUGCCCUACGGAACCGUGGCCGCCAAUGCCAGCGUGGUGCUGGACCCUUAUUCCUCGCAAUGCCGAUGGACCGAGUCGCCAGCACUCGUGGCUUUAACGCCCCCGGACGGCAUUGACCUCAACUGGACAGCUGUAGCACUCACACCCACCUACAGCACCACUGCCAACAGCUACAAUCGCCUGGACACCAUCACCGUCACCCUGCCAACCUUCCAUGCCACGCCAGCCACACCGGGAGAACGAAAGCGUGUCAACCUUGAGUUCACCUUUCAGGCCGUGGUCGUUGCUCCAGCUGAUCGCGGGGACCAGAUUGGUCUCAGUGUCAGCACUACUUUUGCCACCGGAGACCCGUCUGAAGCGCGUAUGAUGACCGCAGAGGAUUGGAAAAUGCUGCACGUAGUAACACCCAUGCUCGAGCUUCGCACUUGGGUCACUCCAUAUGCUGAUCAGUUUGAGGCUGGAGACACCGUGCUGCUUGAGUUUAUGGUGAGCCACGAAGCAGACUCAAAUGCCCCUGCCUUCGACGUGGUCGUGCUGGAUCUCGGCAGCGAGCAUUGGGUUGUGCAAGAGGACACGCUUAGCUGCUCUCCAUGGUGUGGCCCCACUGCUUCUCGAGAGGGGGCAAACGGCACCUUCUUUGAGCAACGAUACACCAUCCCCGUGCUGGAAGUGGACGACGUCUUCUACCAGUCGUUCAAUGUGACCUUGCUACAAAGCACGCCCUUGGGCUUGACGCUGAAGGCCAAAUACACUGUCAAUUAUGACUCGCAUUACCGCACCUCCACGCCCUACCAAGGCCUCUCUUUCAAUGAAUUGGAAAGUGAGCGAAGCAUUGCUAUCCAACCCGUCACUCUUGCGGCUGAAUUUGUAAGUACUACUUUGGCAGCGCCAUUUUCAGAGGAGAGCAGUACUGCUAUCCCGGAUGCCACAUUUGUUUGGUGGUACACAGUCAGCCUACCCCGUGGUCGGGCGGAACUGGAGGUGCGUAUUUACGCACCCGCUAUCCUGACAAUUCAAGACACGCGGGUAGAGGCCGUCGACGCACGCAUUGUCAAUUGCUCUCUUGGAGCCGGUGAUGCUGGUUCCAUUGUGGGCGGGGGUGCCCAGGCCCGUUUUCAGUUGGGCAGUGCCGUCGAUUCGCUUUGGAACACGUCCGCCCUGCUGCCAUCUCCGACAAUCAACAUGACAGUUACCUAUCACGUAAACCCAGCCCUCUUCGCAGCGUAUGAGCAUCGAAACGCACCCUUCGACACUGACAUUUAUGCCAUUUUUAACGGCCUUGAUGACCAAGUGACAACAAACACUAUUUUGCGGGAGCCGCGGCUCUUCCCAACCAUCAACAACUUUUAUCAAGACGCUGGCGACUGGGUCUGGCAGAUGAUCUACCUCGAGCACGACGGCGACGGUAGUGUCCACGCUUACAACCUAUCGGGUACCUUUACCCUUGACCCUCGCCUUCAGCUCAACACGUCCUAUGCGUGCGUGUACUCAGCCGCUCGUCAGGAUUAUGCCCUCACAGCGACCAACUGCGAAGCGCUGGGCGGUCGAGUCGUGUCCAUUGAAAUGGCAAACAAUGUAGUGUCCUUCGGUGGCUCAAACGUCGCACGUAUUGCGACCGAUGAGCGCUUGCAGAUUAUGGUUCAAAUGCAGGUUGUGCAAGGCGUCACAUCGCGCGAGGUUUUUCAAAACUCGCUCGCUGCUGCUUAUGAUUCAACACCAUUCGAACCGACCAAAACGGGCAUGAGCUACUCGCUGACGGGCAACGCCACAGUCACGAUUCGCAAUCCCACAAUAACCUACAGUGAGCUCGACUCGACUGAUCCCAGUACUGUGCCCCUGUCGCUCACGAUUGCGGAAAACGGCACGUUUGCCGUCACCAUUGGUCUGGCUGAAGGCGAAAUCUACAAUCUGAGUGUAACCUUGAUCACGCCGCCGGACAUGGAGUUUAUGCAUGUGGCGCCAUAUUUCAUUGGAAGUCAACUCUUCGGCUCGUCUGUACCGGCCUCCAACGGCAGUGAGUCCUUUCUUAUCGAACUGCCUGAGACGGGCCACCAGGCCACACUAUCAGCCCAAUACGGCAAUGUUUCCAACGUGUACGAUAACAUUGUAGAUGCUCGGGACGCGCUUAAAAUAAGCGUGCGUUUGCGCAUGCUCAAUACCCUCGACAAUACCAUUGGGAGGACCUUACCAUUGAGUGUGGCGCUUCGUUGGUCCAACGCUGAUGGCGAUGUAUCGUACCAGACCUCCUCACAGAACUUGAUUGUAGCUGAACCCUUGCUAAAGACAAGCAUCUCGCAGCCUCGCGUCGAGCCAGACGCCGGGGAUGUACUCUCCUAUCGCGUGACGCUCGCCCACACCAGCGCUUCCUCUGCAGACGCAUAUCAAGUGCUGCUGACGGUGCCCCUUCCUACCAAUCUCAUUUUAGACGAGGCUUCCGUGACCACUAAUGCAUCUACGACCACGGAAGACUUGAUUGUGACGAUCUCUGCGCCUGAUUCCAUCACCGUUUACACAUCGGCACUCCAUAACACUGACGAAACCCUAUAUCUGGAUUACAAUGGCACGUUGCGCCAGGCCGUGCGUCCCCGAGAACAGUUGCUGGCGACAACUGCAUCACAGUGGAUCACCACGCCUGAGGCAUUUGAGCCGGAAGGCCGUCGUCGAAACAAUACCAUAGACACGGCAUGGCCAGGUGCCACAGCUUCCCACAUCACUACCAUGGACUUGGCUGACCUCUCACACUCCCUGUACUGGACCUCGCUCAAGGAAACGUACGGCAACGAGGUCAAUAUUGGCGAGGAUGUCAUGUUUGAGACCUGCGUCAAUUUCAUCGAAGGCAAUCGCAAUGCUUCAUUUGACUUUUCUUUGGCCACUGGCUUGCGCUUUCUGAACGGGAGCAUUUCAGCCGUGGGCGCCAACCUGAUCUUGGUAGACCACACCCUUGGAGAGCAAUUUUUUGCCUCCGGACAAACUGCUGAGCUCGACCUUGGUUUCGUGAGCAACACGUUUGACAACCUUGACAGCUCAGCUGAUCUUCUCUGCACUCGCAUAACUGCAACUGUUGAAAAUCGGGAAUCCAACACCAAUGGAAAAUGGCUGGCAGUUGGUGUGACCCUGCACACGGAUGCUCAAGCACAAAGUCGGACUGCUGGUGUACAGAUUGUACAGCCUAGCAUGGAGACCACCCCGGUGUUGGCUGAAUACGUCUCGCCCCUGGAUGCCGGCGAUCAAGUUGUUCUUCGUUUCAAUGUAUCCCAUCUAUCAGACUCCUUGAGCCCGUCCUAUGAUAAUUUCGUAUCGAUUCCAAUGCCAGCACACCUGACCCCAAUCGCCACGCAAAGCCUCACCCAUGCCACCACCUCAACGCUCAACUCGACCUUGGUGACGCAUACGCUGCCGGUGCUGCUUCUCGACACGGAUGAUUUGAUGAUUGAAGUCACGGUGCAGGUUCUUAACUCCAUAUUUCCUCAGGCCAGUGAUAUCUUUGUGCAGGUGACAACGCUCUCCUACUCAGCACCUUUGGACCCAAGCAAGAACAUCAAGAAACAAACUACGAGCAACCGAUCGAAUAACCUGGUUUUUGCCUUGCCCACGCAAGCCACCACCGUGCUCAAUACCUCCCUUUCGGAAACGCCCGACCUAGACUUGGCCAUCGGUGAGACCAUCACGCUAGAGACCCGUGUUGACAUGAUUGAAGGCACAACGGACACGGUGAUUGAAGCACGUUUUCCGGCAGAGAGCGCUGCUUUGCUCUCCAUCGCCGCUACCUUGGGCAGUCAAGUUUCGUGCAGCGCAACGCCCAACUAUGACCCAGCAGCCGUUCUAAGUGGAGGAAUUAUGCGACUCGACUUUGGGAGCUGCCUCAACGCACCGGACCAGAUGAAGAAUGAGGAAGACGAGAUCGUCGUCGCUUGGACUGUGCUUGUGACAGAUACCGUGGCAAACGAUGCCCACCUCGAGACCUUGACUCUAAGUGCGAUUCUCAAGCACGAUUACAAUACUGGAACGACCCGCUGGCUGAGCCGUACUGUGUCCGCGACCCUGGUCCUGCCCUUGCUGCAAGUGGCAUUGACAUCGCCAGACUUCAACCACAUUCUUCCAAAUACUCGCCUCAACUUUUCAUCCACGACCACCAACACUGUGGCGCGUGCGGCCCCCGCCUACGAUUUUGUAUCCACACUUUCUUUCGCGGCUGGCCUUACCGCCAACACCGCUGAAUUUGUGUCCCUGGCCUCAGGGGAACUGCCGGUGAAUCAGGGGGUGCCACUGGGGAACGCGGCCACUGCGCUUGCCACCAACGUUCUUGCCUUUAUGAAUGACCAAAUUUCUUCGCUCUCUACUAGCCUUGUUCGCAGCGACAUUCCACAAGGCACCGCCUUGCCCGUGCAGAUGAACCAGGUGUACUGCACUGCGCCAGCUGGGGCGGGCCGUUGUUUCAACGAGACUUAUGACUUUAGCGUUGUAUACACGGCAGCGCUUGAGGUGGCAGGCUCCGUCUGGGGUGAUUUACACGGCAACGAAGCAGCUGAUCGCGUGAGCUUUGGUGAAUUAGUCUCGGUGACCCACUCUUACACAGUUCGCGGAGACUAUGCAUUCAACGUCAAGCUCAACUACAGCAACCCGUUUGCGCUGGAGGCCUGCACCGUGACUCGCCUGGGUGACCACGUCCAAGGCGUCGCUCUUGGGCAGCUGACGACCACACCCAGCAUGAGUGAAGACAACGCGUUUUUUAUUGAUCUCGGGGUCGUGACCAAUGUCGAGGUGACCCAGCCGCUAACUGCUGCGGAUGCAUUUGAUAUCAGGUGCAACUACAGGGUCAACAACAUUCCUGAUUUUGUGGCCGGUGACCUCAUUUGGUUGGAGGCACAUGCGCAAUAUGCCGCUUUUUACGACAUCCAAGCCAUGACGGUUGCAAUUGUAGAGCCUACGGUAUCAGGUCGAUUUGAAUUGUUGAACGACACGGACGUCGCACCUGUCGAGGCGGGGGAGUUCCUGGUCUAUCGCGUGAGCCUGAACAGCUCUCAGAAUACUCUACAUCUAGCCGACGCGAUUGGUUUGGUACUCAAUUUGUCUCUGGCUGGAGUUGACUUGUCCUCCAUUUCAAUCCUGCGUUACGAGAUGUGGGCUAUGAACGGGACCAGCUGGAUGCCAGCUGAGCCGGUAAUAAGCGCCUCAACAGCGGAGGCACGGCUUGUACAUGUGGACUCCCUGGCUGCCGGGGCUAGCCUACUGCUUGAGUUUGGCUGCCGCGUCAUUGGUGAUGCGGCAACCAACCGUCGCUAUUCACAGCGAGCAGCAGCUAGCUGGCGCUCCGGCUUACCCACCGAGAUCACUCAGAGUCGCUUUUAUGCUGCCGACUUGGGGCGUGCCAGCGUCCAAAUCAGUGACGUGGUCGCUGCACUUGACAUUACAGCACGAUCGCGCGGCGUCGACCAUCCCGGCGGCGAGGCUGAACUUGCAUAUGGCGAGGUCUUUCAGGUGCAUGUAAAGGUGCAGUUGCCGAUCAGUGUUGCAACUCAGCUUCGCAUUGAGUUGACCGCCACCGGCCCCGUGGCGACAACUGCAUCACCGACAGCCAUCCUGGAGGGACCCAACACGGGGGCUGAUGCUGUUGCUGCCGAGAUUGCAGAUAACCAAGUGCAUGCCUGGGCCUUCUUCGCGACGGCUGACGGGCGGGCCCCUGAGGGUGAGCCUCACUCGGUUUUGUUUGUGUUACCUCUUGUCGCAUCCCCUGGGGGUGCCGUGGGUGAUGCAGAUGUCAUACUACACGUCAACGUGACUCAUACGUGGAGUGAAACACCCUUGCAGAUUCAGCAGGUCAUUGAAUUGACGUUUCCCUAUCUGCAGCUGGUAACUGAUGGGCUUCAGGAUUGCCACGGUGACGCUGGCUCGUUGUGCUGGAUUAAUGGCACCGUGAGCCAUUACGCGGGUAGUCGUAUUCCGGCUUACAAUUUGCAAAUCCUCCCCCGACGAUCAUCCACUACCGCCCUCAGCGUGUGGUGGUCGGAGGUGGGCGCGGUGCAGGGUGGCACGACGGACGUUGCUUCCCAUGGCGAUGGGGUGUUGACGGCUACCAAUCUGACCAUGGAUGCCACCAUCAGCUUUUCCAUUGGCUUUCGGAUGGAGCAGGCCGUUGCUCCUGGAUUUCAGGGCAUGAUAGGAGUAGAACUUCUCUACGAGACGUCCGCCAACGAGCUGGGUCUGAUGCGCACAGCCCCCAAUGUGACUGUCGGCGCCACUUCGCCACCAAUGAUCUGGCAGACCCCCACAGCCCCUGCAGGUGUGGCAGGCUCUUUGGUUUCAUUCGAAGCAAACCUGGAGCUACCUGAAUCCAACCUGCAGCCCUUGACCGUUGUGCUGGAACUGCCUAGCAAUGUUUCUCUUGUCGGCGAUGUGCUAGCCUCCGUGGGCAGCUUGGACAAGCCUGUAGAGUUUACACCGGCCACGAUCAAUGUCAGCAGUGACGCCAGUGUUGCAAUUUUACACUUUGCCAACGUGACCGCUCCCAUGACACAGUCUGUUCGCUACACCCAACUUCAGUUGAACUGGACGGCUCGCGUAGGAGAACAUGGCUCUGCAAGCGCUGCCGACACUAUCACAGGUCGACUCCAUGCACAUGGUGCUGAUGACGUAGAAGGGGAUGCACAAGUGGUCAUUGGUCUAUCCGUAUUGCGCCCGGUCCUUGUGACGUCAUUUUUAACAACGCGAAAUGAUGACACCCUGGAGUUCCAGGUGACCGUGGAACACGAUCCCACCUCAACUGUACCUGCGUAUGGCCUUCAGCUGGACUUUGCAUUCUCGGGUGAUCUUGAAUAUGAUGACGCUGCGGCCUCAAACGUGCGGCGCGCCACUACCCCUCAAAACGUCGCACCCGGCACGUCCGCCUCCUUCACAUCCACGAUCAGCUUGAGCAAUCCCCGAGAGAAUUCGCAGCUUUGCAUCCAACCAACGCUGACCUAUCAAUCAUCAGCUGAAGCUGAGGCCCAAGUUUUUGUGGAAACUCCCGAUACUUCUGCUGACAGCUCAAGUUGCUAUGUGGUACCAUCGAAGAGCACAAACUUUUCUGACACGGCCGGCUUUAUUGGACUCUUGGCAUCCUUGCUUAUCCUCCUGCUGUUAGUGCUCAUCAUAUUGGUGGCGCGCCAUCGUCGUCGUCAACAGCAGCGCGACAAAGCCAAAACCAGUGAGACAGACGGCCAAUUCAACGCCGCUGCCAGCCAAAUAAGCAUGAAGACUCUUUCGACCGAACACAAUCCCGGCAGCGAUUACCUUGCGGUGGGUGCAGAGUCAACUACCGACAACGAGUACGAACAGCCGGUGGCCAUUAUGGUCUCGUUGGGGAACGGAAUCUAUGCGGAACUCAAGGACAUUAUCAGCCGUGAUGACGAUGGCAACUUGACGCUGGCCGAUGAGGUCGGCGACUGGCUGAACAUGGAAGGCAUUUACGCACAAAGCCGUGUUCGCUUCCCCAACGGCGUAUAUGUAGCCGUUCGUGACCUAUUCUCCAUGCACGAUGGGCACCUUGCCCUCAAGCCCUCUGAUGGCAUCUACGAAGAUGUCACCGAGCUGGGCUUUGGCCAGCGUUUUGAUUUGGAUCGACAACAUCUCUACGAGGAGAUUGGACAUUUCUUGCGUCAGCCAGGACAACGUCAAGCCAUGCCGCAGGCCCGUCUGCCCACAGGUCAGGAAGUGGCUCUGACGCGUGGCUACCGCAAGGAUUCCAACGGCAACUUUAAGCCUGUCUUCCUGGGUGUGGACGAGAAUGAGUAUUGCUUGGCGCAGGUAGCCUGCGAGGACGGCACCUACGCCAACCUCAACGAAUUUUUCUCAAGCAAGGACGGCUACUUGGAGCCCGUCGGCGCCCAGCAGGCCCAUGUUCGCUACACGGAUGGAGAGUUCCGUGGUGUUCUCGUUCGUCAUGCGGGAACCGGCCAAGAGGCCAUCUACGAGCUGGGCGUGAAUGGUGGCAAGGGCCAUCCUACUGAUGAUGCGAUUUAUGACAUGGGUAGUGGAGUCGACAAGCGGGGUCACGAUGAUGCCAUCUAUGAUAUGGGCAGUGGUCGUCCGGACGACGAUGCAGUCUACGACAUGGGCAAUGCAGUACGCUUGGGUCGGGGCGGUGCUCGCAUGGUGGAAACCGAUCUUGACAAUCUGACCUUCGACCCGGUCUAUGACAUCGGCAGCAAUGCUAUGGGCGCUAGCAGCACGGUCGACGACGACGCGGUGUACGAUAUUGGACGCGACGAUGACGAUCACAAUACUAGCGGUGCUGUUUACGAUAUUGGGGGUGCGGUCAAUGACCAAGACGCCGUGUACGACAUUGGCGGUGACGGUAUGGGUGAGGAGACCGAGGUGGACUACGACAUUGGCAACCAAGGUGAUGAGGACGGCGAUGAGGAGGAGGAUAUCUAUGGACGCGCCAAUGUUGCUGAUACCACCGCAGAUAGCUCUGGAAUGCCUUUGAAUAGCACUGUUGAUGAGCCAGGAAGCGACGGUGCCAGCGAAGGUGGUCAGGCCGACGACACCUACUACGGCGCCUAUGCCUGGGAUAACAUGCACCGUGGCAUGGAGCAAGAUGAUGACCAUUAUGGUCGCACUGCUGAUGAUGACGCCGACGACAUCUACGGCCGCGCGAAUCGGCGUGACAGCACCUAUGCAGACGAAAGCUUUUCCGUGCUCGAGUAUUCGAGCGGAGGCGUGCAUCCACCUGGCAUUCCAGCAGCCUCCUCCAAGCUGAACCGCCCUGCAGAUGAGAGCGAUGAAGACAUUUACGGCAUGGCUAAUCGCCAUAGCUACAUCAGCGAGGCAGAUGCACAGGAUGACGAUGACGACGAUGAUGACGACGACGACGAUGGUGUCGUGAAAGACACCUACUCGCGUGUAGACCGCAGCCGCACUCGCACAGGCAGGGAUGUGUAUGGACUGGCACGCGCCGUUGAGGUGCCCGCAGAAGCCUCAGGCGAAGGUCAAUUGCUGACUCUGGAUGAGGAGAGUGUAGACGAGGAUGAAGACAUCUAUGCAGCGGCUAAUUUUUCGGAGGAUCUCAUUGGUCCGAGUGGCAUCACUCGCCAAGCCUCUCUUGCUUGGGACACCAAAGCAGACUUUUCGAGCGGCUCCAGUUGGCGAAAGCCUAAAUCUGAGCCAGGCAACUCACGCCCGCUCGUCGCCAACUUGGCCCCACCAAGCAAGAGCGGGCAGAAUCGCCUCUCUGAUAAUUACGAGUGGGAUGACACGGUUGCCUAG